AUGGCCAGGCCAGCGGCCCAGCUGGGCACCACGGAGCGGCUCCCGAACCCUUUGCUCUCCUCCCCGCCGCUGGGGGUGCCCGGGGCCGGCAUGGUCAGCCUGAAGAACCUCCUGCAGGGGCCCAUCAAGAGCCCGGAGCGCAGGCCGAAGGAUCUGACCACCUGCCUGGCCAAGGAGAAGGAGCGGAAGAUGGAGGAGGAGCUGGGGGGCGCUCGGGCGGGACAGUGCGCCUACCUGGGCUCCCUGCUGUGGGAGCGGACCCUGCCCUACAGUGAGAUCGAGUACGUGGACCUGGACGAGUUCCUGCUGGAGAACGGGCUCCCCCCCAGCCCAGCCCAGCCGCCCUUCUCCCCGGCCAGCCAGGCCACCAGCUCGCCCUCCAGUGGCAUCGCCGUGGACCUCAGCCGCCCGGCCUCCUGCACCUCCUCCGCCUGCUCCUCGCCCGCCGAGUGCCCGGGCAGCAGCGAUGGGGACCAGUGCUGCGUCACAGCAGGUCCAGUGACCCCCGCCUCCCGGAACACGCCCAGCCCAGUGGACCCCGAGGCGGUGGAGGUGCUGAUGAACUUUGACCCUGACCCCGCGGACCUGGCGCUAUCCAGCGUCCCGGGCCACGAGACCUUUGACCCCCGGAAGCACCGGUUCUCGGAUGAGGAGCUCAAACCGCAGCCGAUCAUGAAAAAGGCGCGGAAAAUCCAAGUGCCGGAUGAGCAAAAGGAUGAGAAGUACUGGAACCGGCGCUACAAGAACAACGAGGCGGCCAAGCGCUCGCGGGACGCCCGGCGGCUCAAGGAGAACCAGAUCACGGUGCGGGCCGCCUUCCUGGAGAAGGAGAACGCCGUCCUGCGGCAGGAGGUGGCCAGCAUCCGUCAGGAGCUCUCCCGCUACCGCACCAUCCUCACCAAGUACGAGUCUCAGCACGGCGCCUUGUAG